GGCGGCGGCGGCGCGGCCCGCUGGGUCCGGCUGAACGUAGGCGGCACCUACUUCGUGACCACCAGGCAGACCCUAGGCCGGGAACCCAAGUCUUUUCUCUGCCGCCUUUGCUGCCAAGAGGACCCGGAGCUGGACUCGGACAAGGAUGAGACUGGAGCCUAUUUGAUUGACAGAGACCCCACCUACUUUGGGCCUAUCCUAAACUACCUCCGUCAUGGCAAACUCAUCAUUACUAAGGAGUUGGCAGAAGAAGGCGUGCUGGAAGAAGCAGAGUUUUACAACAUCGCGUCUCUCGUUCGGCUGGUGAAGGAAAGGAUACGAGACAAUGAGAACAGAACUUCACAAGGCCCCGUGAAGCAUGUGUAUAGAGUCCUGCAGUGUCAAGAGGAAGAGCUCACGCAGAUGGUCUCUACCAUGUCUGAUGGCUGGAAAUUUGAACAGCUAAUCAGCAUUGGCUCCUCCUAUAACUAUGGAAACGAGGACCAGGCUGAAUUCCUCUGUGUCGUCUCCAGAGAAUUAAAUAAUUCUACCAAUGGCAUUGUCAUAGAGCCGAGUGAAAAGGCAAAGAUUCUUCAGGAGAGAGGAUCUCGAAUGUAAGCUGAGAGUCUGAAAUUCCAGAGAGCUGAAGUCAGGAGAGGGAUCCAGCAGAGCAGCUCCGUGAAGUCUUGCGCCUGUAUAGUAACUGAGGUACUGCAAGCAAAGCUGAGCCUGGUGCCCAGCGAGGAUGUGAUCUGGUCAAAACCAAAGCAGCCCCACCCUUCCCCUGGGAUCCGGAGGACAGAUGCAGCUCUGGCUGCAGACUCCCUUUUCAGAAGCUUUUUUUUUUGUCUUCUUAGCCAGUGUUCUGACAGAUUUUGAUGAUAGCAGCUGGACUGGGUCCCCAGAUGGAUCCUUUUGGGACUUGGGGGAAGGAAAGGAUGGCCUGGCUCCUUGGAAAUGGCCUAGAUGUCAAGGCAGCUGGAGAGGAAGGAGGACUGUCCUGAGCUGUGCCCUCCUGUUCUCACGCACGUGGGCCACAUUGGACAUUUGCAGCUGCUUCUGGCCCCUUUCCCUCCUGCUAGUCUCCCUCCAGGGAGUGCAGAGAUGCAACGGGUUCUAGCUGCCCUGUGUCAAACUGAAGUUUGGGACAGGAGAAGGACACACUGCUAUGUGCGGAGCCUCUGUGCAAGGGAGGGUGGAUGUCCUCCUGAGGUGGACAGUGGCGGGAACUGUUCUCAUCUUGGGCGCUGUGCUGCUCCCACGAGCAGUGAGCAGCUCUGCUAGGCGUCGCUGUGAGUCCUGUCUAACCCUGUCUUGUCCUCAGGAAGGGAUUUGAGGUGGGUGUGCCACAUCACGAAGAAGAGUGCCAUGUAGUUGGUGACUGCUGUUGCAGCCUUUUCUUACCCCGUUGACCUGUUUUCCUUCCCUGGCCUUUUAACUGGACCAAAGAUGAAGGACUUUGUGGACCCUCUCUUGGUUUGGGGUGGGAAAGGCUGUUUCUUUGGAAGUUGCCAAAAUGUGGAGUUGCCAUAUGUAAAAGUGGUUUUGUUUCUGUGAUUAUCUUUUGCAGAUUCCCUGAGUGAAUGCGCUGUUUGUGUUUCUCCUUGGUUUCUAACCUUAGCAAACCUGCCCCACAGCACUUUGGGUGACUGUGCACUGUACCCAGUAGUGUGUGUGUGUUGACAGGCAGUCGGGGCCUCCAUAGUCUCUGAUGUCACCCCUUACCCUUGUAACCUUUUCCUGGAAGUACCAUGUUGGUAAGGAUCAAGUGCUUGUCCAACCAGGGUGCCAUAGAGCAUUUCUCCUCUGAGCCUUUGAGUCUCUGUGAGCAGUCGUGAAAGGCAGAGGGGCUGGAGCAUCUCUCAUUUUCCCUGAACAAUUUUCAGUAGCGUGGCACAUAGUAGAGAGGCAGGGAAGAUUCCCCUCUGGGGAACACAUUGCCCAAAAGCCACCUUGGGCCAGGCACUACAGGGCACUUUUAAAGCCAAGCUCUGUUGUUGAGCUGUUCAUCGGGGCUCAAGGGCAGUGAUUUCCGGAAGGACUGGACUUUACCAAAUACCUUUUGAGCAUGUAACCUCACUGAGCCCAGAUGGCUUACCUUUUCUCUAAGACUUUCACACUUUCCCUCUUUCUGUCUGUA